GAUUAGUAAAUCAUUUUUCUGGCACUCAUGGCCUUGAGUGUCAAUGUCAAACCUGGAGAUAUAAAUAGCUGUGAAUAAGGAGGUUCACUGCACACCCCAGACCAGAUCCAGGGAGCAACCAUGAAGACCUUUAUCUUCCUCGCUCUACUGGGAGCCACUGUUGCUUUCCCCAUUGACGAUGAUGACAAGAUCGUCGGGGGCUACACUUGUUCCAGGAAUUCCGUCCCCUACCAGGUGUCCUUGAACUCUGGCUACCACUUCUGUGGCGGCUCCCUCAUCAACUCCCAGUGGGUGGUGUCCGCGGCUCACUGCUACAAGUCCCGAAUCCAGGUGCGUCUGGGAGAGUACAACAUCGCAGUCUCUGAGGGUGGAGAACAAUUCAUCAAUGCAGCCAAGAUCAUCCGCCACCCCAGAUACAACGCAAACACUAUCGAUAACGACAUCAUGCUGAUCAAACUGAGCUCUCCUGCCACCCUCAACUCUCGAGUGUCUGCUAUCGCUCUGCCAAAAUCCUGUCCAGCUGCUGGUACCCAGUGCCUCAUCUCUGGCUGGGGAAAUACCCAGAGCAUCGGGCAAAACUAUCCUGAUGUCCUGCAGUGUCUGAAGGCUCCCAUCCUUUCUGACAGCGUUUGCCGUAAUGCAUACCCUGGCCAGAUCUCCAGCAACAUGAUGUGUUUGGGCUACAUGGAGGGUGGAAAGGACUCUUGCCAGGGUGACUCUGGUGGCCCUGUGGUCUGCAACGGAGAGCUCCAGGGCGUUGUCUCCUGGGGUGCCGGCUGUGCUCAAAAAGGCAAACCUGGUGUCUACACCAGGGUCUGCAAAUACGUGAGCUGGAUUCAGCAGACCAUCGCUGCCAACUAAGCAUGCGACCUUGUGUACCACUCUAUGCGCCAUCCCCUGUUGGCCAAUUGCAUCUUCCAACUAUGCUUGAGAACAGUAUCUAAAUAAAACCAUUUUGUUCCACAGCA